UGUGUUGAGUUUAUUUGGUCACAUUUUAUUCAUAAAUCAAUCAAUCCAACAAAAACAAGUAGUGGGAGUUUCAGAGAGAAGAGAGAGAGAAAUUACAUCAAAAAGACCAAAUUGACCUUGGACCUUCAUCUUCCUCUCUCUUCCCUUCUAGGCUUCUGCUCCUAACUAACUCCUCCUUCGAUUCGUUCAACCUCUUCGUCAACAUGAACGAGAAGGCCAACGUAACCAAGGAGCUCAACGCCAAGCAUAAGAAGAUACUGGAAGGGCUUCUUAAAUUACCAGAGAAUAGGGAAUGUGCCGACUGCAAAGCUAAGGGUCCAAGAUGGGCUAGCGUAAAUCUUGGCAUCUUCAUAUGCAUGCAGUGCUCAGGAAUACAUCGAAGUUUGGGAGUACAUAUAUCAAAGGUUCGUUCUGCAACUCUAGACACAUGGCUCCCCGAGCAAGUUGCAUUCAUUCAGUCCAUGGGGAACGAGAGAGCAAAUAGCUACUGGGAAGCAGAAUUACCUCCAAACUAUGAUAGAGUUGGAAUCGAGAAUUUCAUUCGUGCAAAGUAUGAAGAGAAAAGAUGGGUUGCAAGGGAUGGGAAACCAAAAUCACCUUCUAGACUGCGAGAAGAGAAAAGUUCUUCACAUUGGCAGAGACCUGUGGAAAGAAGUGGGCAUGGUUAUGCAGCAGCUUCUGAGAAUACCGUUGAGGAAAGGAAGAAAACCCAACCUUCAAAUCCAAAUCCGGCUGCAAGGAUUAGUAUUCUUACUCCUCCCAAAGCAUCUGAACAUGUUGCUCCUGUUAGCAAACCUCAGCAUGUUGAGAAAGCAGAACCAGUAGCACCUCAACCACAAGUUGAAACUUCAAAGCAGGUUACAGACACAGCUCAAAAUAUUCCUGCAAAAGUUGAUUAUGCUACAGAUCUUUUCAACCUGUUAUCAAUGGAUGGCCCUAGUGAAAAUGGAUCAGAGGCAACUGGUACUACUACUGAAGAUAAUAACUGGGCAGGUUUCCAAUCUGCUCCAGUGGCUUCAACAACUGAGAAGGCUAGUCCUCCAAAAGCAGUUGAGAGUACGCCUCAAUCUGCAUCUGGAAUUGAGGAUCUAUUUAAAGAUUCACCUUCAGUGACACCAAGCUUAGCUGCAGAAAAACCCCAGAAAGAUGUAAAAAAUGAUAUCAUGAGCCUCUUUGAGAAGAGCAAUAUGGUGUCUCCAUUCUCUAUGCAUCAACAGCAGCUUGCCAUGUUAGCACAGCAACAGUCUCUUCUAAUGGCUGCUGCAGCUAAAUCAAAUGUUGGGGAUCCUAAGUACCCUGCUGGUAUACAGCAACCUAGGCCCAAUGUUCCUAUCCAGAAUUGGCCAGCUGCUGGUUACUCGAUUCCUGGAGUCAUGCCCAUGGGUGGUCAAGGAGAUCUGCAGACACUUAUGCAGAUAACGGCUCAGACUAGGGGCUUGACUCCACCACAAUCAGCUGGGAGCUCUGUUCAGUAUCCACCAUCUAGUUUCUAUGGCAUGGGGCAAGUUGCUCCUGUUAAUGGAACAACGACAAUGGGAGUGGGUAAAACUCAAUCAACAACUCCAGUGGCAUCAACCACUUCACAAUCUGCAAAGGAUUAUGAUUUUUCGUCCUUAACUCAAGGGAUGUUUGCAAAGCCUUGAUUGGUCUUCUGUUGCACAAUGACGGGUACGUCACAUACCAUAGAAGAUUAGUUAAAAUGACAGGAAAUGUAAUUUCAUUUUCAAUUUUCCCCUUGACAUAUAUCCUUGGGUUGUAAACCAUUUGUAGAGAGCUAGUUCAGUUUUUUAUAUCGUAUUUUCGGGUGAUUGCCUCAUUUGUAUUGGUAGUUGUAUUCAGUUUUCACAAUAAAAGACAUUGAAAUUAAUUAUAUAUAUUCCUUCUAUUGCUUC